GUCUUGAUUUAUAGGAUAAAUUCAAGAAAAUAAAAUUAUCUUCAAUUCAUACAUUUGAUCAAACAAAGUAGAAAUUACAGUUAAAAAAUAUGUUAAAUUUUAAUUUUUAAAUACGAAUUCAUAAAAGAAAAUAUACUAAAAUAGGAGCGAGGAUCGAGCACAAAAUUCUAAAGCUACAAACUUGAACCGGCCCGACUCUUGGACAAAUAUAUUAAUGUCCAGAAUUAUUAUCAAAUUCUUAGGAUUAGAUUUUUUAAUUUCGAAAAGAAGGAGAUCAAAGUGUAUAAUAUGAUAAACUUCUGGGUGUUUUAGGGAUUAAACUAUCUCUUUUCCCUCCUAAAAGCCACCGCCUCGAAUAGUGUAGCACCGUUUUGAUGAAGUCGAUUAUCGUUUAGUUAUUGAGCUCUCAAAAAUGUCACACUCUAUCUCAAGCCUCCAUAUCCAACUAAUUAAGUUAUCAAGUACAGUACUUAACUAUCUAUCAAAAGCAAACUACACAACACCAGAAGGCACGAAUGUCUCUACAAAAUCAAUACUCGAAUCACUCCUCUCUCAUCAAAAUCUUAAUGCAGACCCACAAAUUUCUGAAGCCCAGUUGCACAAUUCAAUAAAGGACUUUGCUUUAGCAUGUGCUUUAUUAUCCUCUUCUCAAUCCUCAAACCAUGAAUUACUCUCUUGGGUACCGCACGACCUGUCGUUCGUUGCCAGCUCAGCUUUUGUUGAGUUCUCGAGGUCUUAUUGCAGGAGUGAUUUUGGGGAGAGAAAUGAGAAAAGGGUCAGUGAGAUUUUGGGAUUUGAUUGUGGUUUGGUGAGUGAAGAGAAGAGAUUGUUCGUGGAAUUAAUGCUUGAGGUCAUGCCUUUGUUGAAAGAGAGUAUCAAGGAAAGUUGUAUUGAUAAGUGUAGUGAUGGUGAUGAGAUUUCAGCUGCUUCAGCUAGAGCUCCUGUUGGAUUUGCUAUUAUUGCGGCUUUUCAGUUCAGAUGGUUUGUUUCUCAGGUUGAUUAUCCACAUUUGGGGAAGUUGUGUAAUUUGGUUAUUCCUUGUGGAUUGACUGCUCUUGAUCACUGGUCAUCUGAGGUGAAAGGACAAGGCAUGAUUAGUUUUGUACAUCUUGCAAGAAAUGUGCAUGCUACUGAACUUGGUUGGUAUGAAGAUGUGAUUCUUGAUGCGUGCUGCCAGAAUAUGGCUUCUGCUGAUGAGAUAUGGCAUCUUGUAGUUGAGAUGUCGAUACUUCUUGCGACUCAUAUCCAGCGUAGUAAUCCCCGUAGUCCAUGGUUUGAGAGGAUACUCAAUGAGAUGUUAAGUCACUUGGAGCGCCAACCCAGGAAUACAGAUCGCCGCAUUGCAUGGCUUACAUUUGUAGAGCCACUAUUCCAUGCUGUUGGUCUUGUCUUAUUAGCUCAUUUUAGGCGGGUUUUUCCACUUUUCUUUCAGUGGAUGCAUGCUGAUGACAAUGAAACUGUUCUGCUGGUUCUGAAACAGGUCCAAACAGUAAUAAGGUUAACGUGGAUAAGGAACACAGCAUAUAUUGAAAGAUUGGUGGAUGAACUUGUUGUGCUGUAUAAGGAAGCAGCAUUGAAAACAGCUCGUGAAGAAAUCAGAACAAAUGUUCUUGAGAUAUUGGUCUUGCUCCAGCAAUGCAAGGGCCUGCAAUUUCAAUCUGCAUGGGACAAGCACAGGGAUGAUCCAAAUUUGGCGAGUCUUAGUUCAUCAUUAACGUGCGAUAUUGCUGCCUAAGCAGAGGUCUUUCAGAGUUAUUCCAUUCAAGAGGGGUAGACAACACCAUAAGAUUUUGCCAUGCAUUGGAGAUGCUGCUUGGUCCAUACUGGGCAGCCCCUUCCCCUCUGAAUCAUAAUUGCCAAAGGGGUUGGUAAUAACAGGUAUCAGUUUAAGAAAACUAUCUGUAAGGACUAAGAAAAGGGUAAUUCAUAUUCAUUAAAAUCACAAAAGAAACCUAGAAAGAUUGUCAAAAAAGUAGCAAGAGAAUUCCAAGGUAGUUGGCUUUUAUUUAUUUAAUUAAUUUUUCUUCACUUUCCAGAUUAGAAGCACAGAUAUUUAAAAUAAAUCAAUGCUUUUAAUCUUUUUUCCUUCUAACGACACUUAUCCAUUUGGAACAAGUAUAUGUUAUGUUUAUACCUGGACUUUUAACAUAUAGGUUCUUUUUUAAAGAAGUCUCUGAGCUGAAUGGUCAUUUCUUUUCAUGGAAUUCGUCUCAUUUGGGUAACCCUCGGGGUACCCUUUGGCUU